GGCUUUUUUUGUUUUUUUAUUUUUACUUUUUGGUAACGCAGAAUCUUAAUAGAUUUACCCUAGUUUUGAAAUAAAUUUUUGUUUAUUGUAUCUUAAGUGUUGUAAAUUUCUAAUGUACAGAAGCGUUCUGUUUAUAUAUAGGACUGGUUUCGAAUGCUCUAGGGUUUUGUAUUGCUGUCUGUGAUGGCUUUAACGGAGCCAUCGUGAGUAGGCCAGCCUCUUCUGUUUGUUCAUCUAGAAAGAAAAACAGAUUUGUAUUCAUCUAUCCAUAAACUUGCCCUUUCUGUUUUUUUCCCUAGUAGCACAUUUUUGUCAAAAGACUACUGAUUUACAGUAUGUCGUGUGGCUAAAAAGGAGCAAAACUAAUGCAUGGGAGACGGCUUUUCCUCUGCAGUGUCCCAGUCACACCUCGUAGAGGCAUGUGUGUCGUCUUCUCCAGGCUGUUGGUGCAUAUACGCGGGGUCUUCAAAAAGUUCAUGGAAAAUGUGUAUUAGGAAAACACUAUGCAUGGAUUUCAAAAAUUUUUUUACACCCAGUUAAACUCGUACUAACUUGUUAUAACAUGUCUGAACAGGAUCUAGUUUGAGACUAAGAAGGAUAAGACAUCAGUUUGAAAAGAGCCAUAUCAGAGCAACAUGAUUUCUACUAAAAUUGAAGCAAGAACAAACAUCAAGUUUAUGGUGAAGCUUGGUUGGAAGAAUGGUGAAAUUAUUGAUGCUUUACGAAAAGUUUAUGGGGACAGUGCCCCAAAGAAAUCAGCAGUUUACAAAUGGAUAACUCGGUUUAAGAAAGGACGAGACAAUGUUGAAGAUGAAGCCCGCAGUGGCAGGCCUUCCACAUCAAUUUGUGAGGAAAAAAUUAAUCUUGUUCGUGCUCUAAUUGAGGAGGACCGAAGAUUAACAGCAGAAGCAAUAGCUAAUACCAUUGACAUAUCAACUGGUUCAGCUUACACAAUUUUGACCGAAAAAUUAAAGCUGAGCAAACUUUCUGCCCCAUGGGUGCCAAAAAUGUUGUGCCCAGAUCAGCUGCAGGCAAGAGCAGAGCUUUCAAAGAAAGUUUUAAGUAAGUGGAAUCAAGAUCCUGAUGGACUUCUCCGAAGAAUUGAAACUGGAAGUCAAACAUGGCUUUAUCAGCACAAUCCUAUAUAUAAAGUACAAUCAAAGCAGUGGCUACCAAGAGAUGGAAUUGGUCCAGUCAAAGCAAAAGUGGACCGAUCAAGAAUAAAGCUUCUACCUACCAAAAAGUUUUGGGAACCUGAUGAUUCAACAAAAGAUGGACAAAAAGGCAUAUUUCUUGGGGAUGAUGAAUGGAGAGAGACUGCAUGGGGAACUUCUCACCAUUCAAUGUCCCAGCCUAUUAUGGUACAGAGAAGAUCUGGACAGGGUUUUCAUGGAAACAGUGAAGUAAAUGCGAUUCUGUCUCCGCGAUCCGAAAGUGGAGGCCUUGGUGUGAGCAUGGUAGAAUAUGUAUUAAGUUCUUCUCCUGCUGAUAAAUUGGAUUCUCGAUUUAGGAAGGGAACUUUCGGCACUAGAGACGCUGAAGCAGAUGGAGCUGAGAAAGGAGUUGAGAAAGGCAAGGCUUCUCCAUUCGAGGAGGACCAAAACAGAGAUCUUAAACAAGGAGAUGAGGAGGAUUCGAAAAUAAAUGGCAGAGGUUUGCCAAAUGGAAUGGAUGCUGAUUGCAAAGACUUUAAUCGUACUCCUGGAAGUCGUCAAGCCUCUCCAACUGAAGUAGUUGAGCGCCUGGGUCCCAAUACUAAUCCCCCGGAAGGAUUGGGGCCUAUCCCUAAUCCUACAGCUAAUAAACCUCUGGUUGAAGACUUUACAAAUCCUGAAGCUCAGAAUCUGGAUGCCAUGGAACCAGUUGGUCUGGAUUCUUUACAGUUUGAUUAUCCUGGUAAUCAGGUACCAAUGGACUCUUCAGGAGCAACUGUGGGCCUGUUUGACUACAAUUCCCAGCAGCAGCUCUUUCAGAGGACUAGUGCACUCACCGUUCAGCAGUUAACUGCAGCCCAGCAGCAGCAGUAUGCUUUAGCAGCAGCUCAGCAGCCACAUAUAGCUGGAGUUUUCUCAGCAGGCCUUGCUCCAGCUGCAUUUGUGCCAAAUCCAUAUAUUAUCAGUGCUGCUCCUCCAGGAACUGAUCCAUAUACUGCAGCAGGAUUGGCUGCUGCAGCCACAUUAGCAGGUCCAGCAGUGGUUCCACCUCAAUAUUACGGUGUUCCAUGGGGGGUGUAUCCAGCCAAUUUGUUUCAGCAGCAAGCUGCAGCUGCAGCAAACAACACAGCCAGUCAGCAAGCGGCGUCACAAGCUCAGCCUGGACAGCAACAGGUUCUCCGUGCUGGAGCAGGUCAGCGUCCUCUUACUCCCAGUCAGGGUCAACAAGGGCAGCAAGCUGAAUCGCUUGCUGCAGCUGCAGCAGCAAAUCCAACUCUGGCCUUUGGUCAGGGUCUUGCUACAGGCAUGCCAGGCUACCAAGUACUAGCUCCAACUGCCUAUUAUGAUCAGACUGGUGCCUUAGUGGUUGGCCCUGGAGCAAGAACUGGCCUUGGAACUCCAGUUCGAUUAAUGGCUCCAACACCUGUUUUAAUUAGUUCAGCAGCAGCACAAGCUGCAGCAGCAGCAGCAGCUGGAGGAACUGCCAGUAGUCUUACAGGCAGUACAAAUGGUCUGUUUCGGCCAAUUGGCACUCAGCCGCCGCCGCAGCAGCAACAACAGCAGCAGCCCAACACCAAUCUGCAGUCUAAUUCAUUUUAUGGGAGCACUUCUUUGACUAAUAGCUCCCAGAGCAGUUCUUUAUUUUCUCAUGGACCUGGCCAACCUGGAAGUACAUCACUUGGCUUUGGAAGUGGUAACUCUUUGGGUGCUGCUAUAGGUUCAGCCCUCAGUGGAUUUGGUUCUUCAGUUGGCAGUUCUGCAAGUAGUAGUGCCACAAGGAGAGAGUCUCUAUCUACUAGCUCUGACUUGUACAAAAGAUCUAGUAGCAGCCUAGCACCCAUAGGGCAACCAUUUUACAAUAGUCUGGGAUUUUCCUCCUCUCCAAGUCCAAUAGGCAUGCCUCUGCCAAGCCAAACUCCAGGACACUCACUUACGCCACCGCCAUCACUUUCAUCACAUGGAUCCUCAUCCAGUUUGCAUUUAGGAGGACUGACCAAUGGUAGUGGUCGAUAUAUCUCUGCAGCACCUGGGGCAGAAGCAAAAUACCGAAGUGCUUCAAGCACUUCUAGUCUCUUCAGCUCCAGCAGCCAGCUGUUUCCUGCUUCUCGGCUCCGGUAUAACAGGUCUGACAUCAUGCCUUCGGGUCGCAGCAGAUUGCUGGAAGAUUUCCGGAACAACCGCUUCCCUAACCUUCAACUUAGAGACUUGAUUGGCCAUAUCGUUGAGUUUUCACAAGACCAGCAUGGUUCUAGGUUUAUACAGCAAAAACUAGAGAGAGCUACUCCAGCUGAGCGACAAAUGGUAUUUAAUGAAAUUCUACAGGCAGCAUAUCAAUUAAUGACAGAUGUUUUUGGCAACUAUGUUAUACAGAAAUUUUUUGAGUUUGGGAGUUUGGAUCAAAAAUUAGCCUUGGCUACUCGUAUUCGUGGUCAUGUUCUGCCCCUGGCCCUGCAGAUGUAUGGCUGCCGUGUUAUUCAGAAGGCCUUAGAAUCUAUUUCUUCUGACCAGCAGGUAAUUAGUGAAAUGGUCAAAGAGCUGGAUGGUCAUGUGCUCAAGUGUGUGAAGGAUCAGAACGGAAACCAUGUUGUACAAAAAUGCAUCGAGUGUGUUCAGCCGCAGUCUCUGCAGUUUAUUAUUGAUGCUUUCAAAGGACAAGUAUUUGUGCUGUCAACUCAUCCUUACGGCUGCCGAGUCAUUCAGCGCAUCCUUGAACAUUGCACUGCAGAGCAGACCUUGCCUAUCUUAGAGGAACUCCACCAACACACAGAGCAGUUGGUACAGGACCAAUAUGGCAAUUAUGUCAUUCAGCAUGUACUGGAACAUGGCCGACCUGAAGACAAGAGCAAAAUUGUUUCUGAAAUCAGGGGGAAGGUCUUAGCCUUGAGUCAACACAAAUUUGCCAGCAAUGUAGUUGAAAAGUGUGUCACUCAUGCCUCUCGCGCUGAGAGGGCUUUGCUGAUUGAUGAGGUUUGCUGCCAGAAUGAUGGUCCUCACAGUGCCUUAUACACCAUGAUGAAGGACCAGUAUGCCAACUACGUGGUUCAGAAGAUGAUCGAUAUGGCUGAACCUGCUCAGAGAAAGAUAAUCAUGCACAAGAUUCGACCUCACAUCACUACAUUGCGCAAAUACACGUAUGGGAAACAUAUACUGGCCAAGUUGGAGAAGUACUACUUGAAAAACAGCCCGGAUCUAGGGCCCAUUGGAGGGCCACCAAAUGGAAUGCUGUAAAGGAAAAGAGAAAGAAGAUAACUUAACCAUGUGAAACAUUUCUUUUGUGAAUUAUCAAAACACAACUCAGCUAUGAAUCUUCAAAUUUUUUUUAAUUCAAAACUAUUUAUUGACUUCUUUCAUCCAUUUGUAAAUUUUUUAAGGUUCUUGUGUAUAUUUGGGGGUGGGGUGAUGAAUUAUGAAUUACAUUCAGCCCUAAGUGGAGACCUAUCAGAUUGAAUUGCUGGCAAAGCACAGAAUGCCUGUAUAUGAUGUAACUGUAUCAAAAAAAAAAAAAAGCUGUCAGAUAUUUUGUAAAUUUUUACCUUGUAAAGUCACAAAAAAAUAGUUUUUAAAGGAAAAAGUACAGUAUUCUUUUAAUAAACUGGCUUGCAGUCUGGUAGGUCUAUAACCCCAUAGCACAACUGGUUUAUAGAGAUGUAUAUAGGAUUAUAGUUCUUUUCUUUUCUUUGCGUGAUGCCUUUUAUAACAUAACAAUCAACUGCAUAAAUAUUAUUAAUGUUUUAAAAAGAAAGUUAAGUUGUAUUUUGGUAAUUCACAAACUAUCAUGCAAAUUAAAACUCAAAAGUGAAAUAAGAAUAAAAUAAUUUGAGAUGAAUGAAUUUAUUAUUUACAGUGGAUGCGGUUUUAAUACAAAUACUGCCCUAAAGUGUGUCUGGCAAUGUACAAAAGUAUUGUAUAUACUUAAAUAUGUAAUUGUUGUAAGACUUAGAAAGAAAAAUCAUGAUGACACUUUCAUCCAUUUGAAAUGUGCACUAAAUGAAAAGUUAAGUCUCAUUAACUUUUCAGUUUGGUUUGCAAAUGAAAGAGUGGAAAUUUGUGUUUUGUUUUGCUUAUAGAAUUACAGAGAUGUGUUGAGCAUUUUUUUGCUUUUUCAUAGUAGAUGCAGAAAGUAGGAAUCAGAUAGAGGUGGAAAGGGGCCAUUGAAAAGUAAUUUUGAUAGCUCGGCAUUUAAGCAUGAUUACAUAUUCAGAUAGCUUUUUUUGCUUCCUAUAAAUAUAUGCAUUGUGUGUGUAGCAAUAGAUGUAAGUUUACACUUUGAAAGCAAAUCUUGUUUCAAUGUUUAUUAUAAAAAGCCUUGCUAAUUUAGUAGUGACACUUCCCUUGGUUGUACAGGUGUACAUUUGUAAACCUUCAUCCUGUAAAUGGAAUUUGUUUUAUCUCUUUGGAAAACAUUUGCAUCUUAGUGUACAUUUAUGUCCCUGCCCUCUUUGACCUGGCAAUGUAGUGCUGUAUAAUGUAAAUUUAUUUCUCCAAAUCAAGAGUGAUUUUUUAAAAAUUUUUUAUCUUUAUAUGGUUUCAGAAGUAUGAACCAGCUUUGUUUUUAUUGUGAGAGACAUUUUGUUUUAUAACAGUUGUUGACUCUGUUAAUAUGGACCUGCUAGGAUUUGGAUCAUUUUCAACUGACGUCAGGGUAUUGUGCAUAGUAGAAAGUAUUGGACUGAGAUGCUUGGUUACCAUGGAGGCCAAUGCUUUUUCCAUCUUAUUAAAUGUGAUGUGACUUUUUUCUUUGUACAGAAGAGUACUGUAUUUUUGAAUAGCCUACUCCCAAGUAAGAGCAAAUCUGUAUGAUAACGUUUUUUUCUCUGGACAUAAGACAUUAUAACGGUAACAUGAUGUACAUUUACAAGCGGCCUUAUGUACAUUUCCCAACAAUCUUUUUAAGGCAAAAUUGUGACCAUAUGUGUAUAAUUAAAAUCGUUUUUAAUCCUUUGCCUAUGAAAAUAUUUUGGAAAAAAACUUGCUUUGUAUAUUCAGUUUCUGAAAGAUAAAGAAAGUGCUUUGUAUUUUGUUGAAGUCAGUAUUUUGUAUAAACAUUUAUGUUGACCUUAUGUUUAGAGCUGGAAACUGAAAUGAACAUGCAACCUCUGUCAGUUGAACAUGGAAGGAAGUUUUUACUAGAAGUCUGCAGAAGACCGUAUGUCUUCUGAGCAAAGUGUUGAAGAUAAAGAUUUUAACACUUAGCCGGUCUUACUAUGAACCUAAAAAUACCAUAAAGUUUGGGGUGCCAGGCAUACUUUUUCAUGUUUAUUGUUGAGUUACUCUACUUUUCUAACCCAGCAUUCCUUGGUGAGGCCGUUAAAUUCGACUGUUAGAUGUGUGACAUAAUCGCUCUGGUUAUUAGCCUGCCCUGCUAAAGUAGCAAGGCUUCCCUCCCCCACAAGCUGUUAUUUCCCAUCCUGCCUUGCUCUGCCAGCGUCACAGUGUCAUGGCCCCGUGUUGAACUUCCGUUCCCAGUGUCAGCUCGUGGUCUCAGGGUCAAAGCUGUCCUUGGCGAUUGCUGAUGACUUCCUGCAUCUGCACAGUUGCAUUGCUGGUUGUCAUCCUCACCCUCUGCUGGCAUAGUUGGUUAUUAUUGCACAUUUAGGAAAUGUCAAGUCCUGGGGAAUGUCAGCACCGGGAACCUGAGCCCUGCUCUUGGGGGCCUGAUGUCCCCAUGGAGCCCAAUGCUGACAGCUCAGUCUUCCCAAGACUUCUAGGCCUAUUCCAGGAAGUAUCUGUUCUUAGAGAAAUUAUAUGGUCUGCUAUUUUUAGUGCCUACCCCAACACGUUUCAGUAAAUCGGCAUGAAAUUUUGAUCAAAUCUGUUCCAGAAUAAAAACUGAAUUGGGCAGAAUCACCUAGGCUUUACUGAGUGUCUGCUUUUGAUAUGGAUUCUUUCUGGACCAGUUUGUCUAAGUCCUGGCUCUUACUGGCUCAUAUGAAAUGUUAUCUUCACUUCUUUGUAUAUUAUGUAUAAAUUAGAAAAUGAAAAAUGUGUGAAUAACAUUGUAUGAAA